AUGGAUCCAACCAAAAAUGCUAGCCUAUCUCGACUCCCAGUCGAACUGAAACUACUCAUUGUGGGCUGGCUUUACAGGUCCAUAAUCGACGCGCGAGAAAAGCAAACCGAUCUCCUCAAUCUGGCAUUGGUGGAUCGAACGUUUUACAACAUUUGCAGUCAGCUGAAUUGGAAACAUCUUGCCCUUCGCCAUGGAGAUUUGCCCAGAUUUUCCGCCCUCAACCAUGAAAUCAUGCAACGCCAAUCGGAAAGGGUGAAGCACAUCACCGUCGGACUCAUUAUCCCUUCUCUUCAUUCUCUGGGACUGGUGGAGCGCAAUCCCAUUCACACCAGAGCCAGUCUAAUUAUCCAGGAACGCAUAUACUCUCAAUUCAGUGAUAUUAUCCGCUCCUGUACAAAUCUGAUCGGAAUCACGCUAGAGGUUGAGCCUCGACCGACUUCACUAGACGAGCAUGGUGACUUUGCCUUCGACCUUGAAUACCCAUCAUCAAAGUUAUUCAAGCCGAUCUCAAAGCUUUCUAAUCUGACCUCCAUCGUCCUAAAACCUUCAAUGGCUGGUACCCAUUUCAACGAAUCUUUUGUGGUCAGAUUGCUCAGAGAGAUGGUCCAUCUAGUCCAAUUUGAAUGCAACGGCAUCGAUGCCAUCUUUCCAGAAUGCGAACCUCGCGAAGGCUCGAGCUCGAGUGAAUGCAGUGUGUCACCACUGGCCAUUCAACUAUCUUCUUUGUCUUCACUUCGGGCCAUCACUCUUUCUUUUGCGGAUUGCUUUGAUUGGGGUUGGAGCCAAAUCAAAUGGAAAGGAGCGCUAUCUCAUAUCAACAUCAUUAACUCCAAUAGAUCAACCAUUCGGGCGCUUCAUUCUUUCUUUAUUCCAUUCCAAGAUAGCUUAAGAAGCAUCUGCAUCUCCGGGAUCCCAACCAGCAGUCAAGAAGAGGAUGAAGCAUUCUUGAACGCUUUACUUUCGUCCGACCUCCACUACAAAUUUGACUUGCCUAAUUUGGAAUGUCUGACAAUCGAUAGCUGCAUUCCCUUCCACUUCUUAACACUAUUUCGGGAGGCUGUCUCGAUUAGAUUACUCAUCUUUGAACUCGACACCCACAUCACAUUACAGCAUCUCAAAGAACUCAUCGAUGACCAGAAUCCGGUAUGGCCAAACCUGAGACACUUUGGUUUUGAAAUGUACGAAAGGCUCCUUACUGAUGAUGAAGUCGAAGAACUGAUGGUGUAUGGCUCGAGACGUGGGGUUGACGUGGUCUGCGAUUACGUAGGAAGAAGCCUAGAAUGGGAAGCAGAAAUCGAGGAAGAUGGCGAACAACUGAUGGACGAGCCGCUGUAG